AUGCCACGAUUUAGCAAUACCAUCCGCGCCUACACGAAGCCAUAUUCGCGCUCUGAAGCACCUAUCACCACUCAUCCUGCCUCUUAUCACCCCAUCGCCUCCCAUUCUGCUUCUCAUCACCCCAUCGCCUCUCAUCCGAGUGCUGGCUGCUCCGCAUCGGCAGGUGCGCCUCAGAUCGUGCAUCUUGACGAGCCGGUGCGCUGCUACUUCUCCGCCUGCAUGGGCUUCAAGAUUCUUGGCAACCCGCUGCCGGAGAUGCUCUGGUACAGGAACGGGCGUCUGCUGGAGGUGUCCGACACGCUGCGCUCCGGCAGCAACCUGUUCAACGAGCUGCUCAACGUGCAGACGGCGAGAAUCUCAGGGUUUCUCGGCUUCCGUGACACGAUGCCGGCGGACAAUGGCAACUACACGCUAGUCGCCUCCAAUAUGUUCGGUUCGGUGAACCGCACCGUCGAGGCGAUUCUAGUGAAAACAGGGCCAUCGAUAUUCGGGCCGGACGUGCUGCCCUUUACUCCGAGCAGUGAUGCAGACGCGGACUAUAAGGCCAUCUUUAACAGUGAUCUGUUAGAAGACCCGAGUGACAUGACCACGGUGUACAUCGUCGUGGGCGUCGUCACGGCCGUCGUCGUCGUCUUCGCCGUGCUCGUGGCGCUGCUCGUGCGCUACCUGCACGUCUGCAAGAGUCGCAUGCGCAGCACGGAGAACGCGCAGAUGCUGCACGGAUGCAAGACGGUGUUCCAGAACGAGACGAUCCCGCUCGUCUACAACCCAAACUACGAGAAGACGGCGCUCAAGGAAGACAAGCAGCUGACUGCAGCGAUCCCGAGCAUGAUGCGCGAGAACAUACAGUUCAUCAAAGAACUUGGCGAGGGCGCCUUCGGGCGCGUCUUCCUCGGCGAGUGUCGCAUGGACGACGGCAAGAAGCUCGUCGCCGUCAAGACGCUCAAGUCGCAGUCGACGGAGAACGCGAUCAACGAGUUCUACGCCGAGGCGGAGAUCAUGACGAACCUGCAGCACGGCAACAUCGUUAGCUUCUACGGCGUCUGCACCGACGGCGAGCCGCUCAUGAUGGUGUUCGAGUACAUGAAGAACGGAGACCUCAACAACUACCUGAGGUACGUGAGCAGUCAUGGCGGCGCUGGGUCGCCAGGGGGCGGUGUGUCGCUAGGGUGCGCAGCGUCGCCAGAGAGGGUGAUCACCCACAUUCAGGCGGGACACAUUCUCGAGCGACCCACCGUCUGUCCGAACGAGGUCUACAACAUCAUGCUGAGCUGCUGGUUGAAGAAUCCGGCCGAGAGACCGCCGAUGAAGGACAUCCGCAGCAAGCUGACCGCCGUCCGAAACAACUCGCCACAGUAUCUCGACAUCAUCGUGGGCGGACACACGAUGCUGCCCGUGCGGUGGAUGCCGCCGGAGAGCAUCAUCUACCGUAAGUUCACGAUAGAGUCGGACACGUGGAGCUUCGGCGUCGUGCUGUGGGAGAUCUUCACGUUCGGCAAGCAGCCCUGGUACCAGCUGGCCAAUCACGAGGUGAUCACCCCAUUCAGGCGGACACAUUCUCGAGCGACCCCCGUCUGUCCGAAGGCGGUCUACAACAUCAUGCUGAGCUGCUGGUUGAAGAAUCCGGCCGAGAGACCGCGAUGA